AGGGCACUUCUGCGCAAACAUGAGAAUCAAUAAUUAAUAUACAUCCCCAUCAGUUUUCUCUUCUCCGCGCUCUUAUUUUGACACACUUCACAGGAAGUGAGUAUGUACAGACGUAUGCCGUCACUUUAGGCCCGUGCCUUCGUCCUCACUCUCCGCUGUUUCUGUCUCAGGUGAUGGAAGCUCAGAAGUGUGUCCAGAUUUUCUGCCAGACUUCCGGUGAGUCUUUAACCAGUGAGAGCGCCAUCUGAAGGACGGACAGCUGCAGCUCUAACAGGGCAGUGCUGACCUUCAGCUGACUGGUGGAGCAGGCAGGUGUGGGCGGGCCAGAGACUGGCAGGAUGGUGAUGGUUCCAUUCACCUCAGCUAGGAUGCCAAGCCUUCUUUUGAUCAAUUAUGGUCAACGGAGGCUGAUCCUGGUUGAGGUGUUUAACCCGCCUUCUGAACCGAGGCUCUCGUCUGAUUGGUCUCUGUCCUGCAGAUGGUCCAGAUGUGGAAUCAGGGAGGAAAAUGAGGAAAAGGAGCUCUGUGUGCCUCGCUGCCUCUGCUCCAAUGACUGUAGAAAACUUUCUACAGUUUCUCUGCUUAAUGCUUCACUGACAUGGAGGAAGGAAGCUCUGCGCAGGAUCAUCAGCACUUUGGCCAAUAAGAACGAGGAGCUCCAAAACUUCCUGGAAGCAGUUGACCAUACACUGGCGGGCCUGCAGGAGGAGUCAUGCAAAGUGAUGUCAGACUUAGAGGCAGAGUUGGAGAAGCUAAACUCUGCCCUGGAGGAGAAGGGGGCGGAGCUCCGUUACAUAAUCAAAGAAGAGAAGCAAAGGAAGGAGGCGGAGCUUCAGAAGCAGCUGUCGGAGGGCAAGUUUGCUCUGGUCUCUUGCGAGGAGCUUCUUGACUUUGCAAAUCAAACACUGACGAUCAACACUGAAGAAGAAUUUCUCGCGGCGGCAAAACAAAUCAAAGAGCGGGUAACAAUGGCACCAGCGUUCCGCCUAACCACUCGCCCUGCGGUGUCAGACAACAUGUCACAAUUUACUGUGGACUUCAGUGCGGAGAGGGCGGGGCUUCAACGACUUCACUUUCUUCCAGUGCCGAGAGCUCCACAGAUCGAUGCCUCCAGUUGUGUAGUCCGUGACAACACCAUCACGGUCACCUGGCGACCGCCUGGCGAGGCAGACAGUGGUGGCGAUAGCAGCAGCAGACCAAUCGAACGUUACGAGCUAGAGUACCGAAAAACGGACCGUGACAGCACACUGAGAGUGGCGGGAGAGGGUAGCUGGGAGAAAGUCUGUGACAUUAUCGAACCUCAGGUCACCAUCUCAGGUUUGAAGUUCGAUUCGCGCUUCAUUGCCAUUCGAGUCCGAGCUAGAAACAAAGCAGCGGCUGGCGAGUUUUCAGAGCCUAUCGCCAUAGAAACAACAGCAUAUAAUUUCAGCUUCGACGCUUCGACAGCACACGCCGAGCUCAAGGUUCAGGGCGACAUGGUGACCUGGGAGCCUCAGGGGGUCAAAGGUCAUGAUCCUCGCCUGCGAGGCAAAGAGAACAAAAGCAGCCGGAGCGCCACGCCAUCGCCCAAUAAGACGGCUGCAAAUCGAGGAGGACGCGAUCGAUUUGCUGGGGAGUCAUACACAGUGCUGGGUGACCAGGAGAUGACUAAUGGUUGUCACUACUGGGAGCUCCGCCCCCUGGCUGACUGGAAAUCGUUCAGUGUAGGCGUGGCCUAUCGGGGCAGCCUGGGACGCUUUGACCAAUUAGGGAAGGGCACCGGUUCGUGGUGUCUCCACGCCAGCCAAUGGCUGCAGAGCUCUCUUGCCGCAAAGCACAACAACCGAGCAAAGACACUGGAUUGGCCGUUACCUCAGCGAGUCGGAAUCUACUGUGACUAUGACAAUGGUGAUUUGUUGUUUAUUGAUGUAGAUCGUCUUCGUCUUCUUCACGCCUUCAAAACAAAGUUCAGCCAGCCGCUUGUCCCUGCCUUCACCGUUUGGUGUGGUGGUAUCACCAUAGCGACAGGUCUUCAGGUGCCGAGCUUUAUGGGAAAUUUCCUGACGACCAAUCGGAGCCUCAGCAGCCUUUCCCCGUGAUCGACUGAUGAGCGGUUUUAUUUUAAGUCAUAUCAUUGCUGUUUGUAUUUCUUAAAAUCAAUAAGUUUUUAUCAGAUUUAUUGCUAUUGAGCAUCAAUUUUACAACAGUUUUUACUCUACUGUGAGACUUUUAUUGUGAAAGUCUGGAACUGAAGCCAUAGUAUGUAGCUGUGGAUUUUCCUCUGAAAUCUGUACCUAGAUGUAAUUUAUUUUCAAGUUCUGUGCUUGUCUUGUAAAACACUAUUAUUCUGAAAGAGUAGACUAGAGACAGAGCUGCACAUUGCUACUGAACUUUAUUUUGAAACUACUUCCACAUGACUGACUUUUAUUGUGAAGGAACCAGGGUAUAAGAUUUUAUGAAAUCAUUGAUUAAAAAGUGAAUUUAUUGAUCUGA